CAGAAACACUUGGGGUCCUUCUACUUCACGUGUGUGUGUCUGCUGCUGUGGCAUCGUGAGGAGGAAUCAUGCCGAAAUCAAAGAGAGAUAAGAAGAUUUCUUUAACGAAAACAGCCAAGAAGGGGCUGGAGUCAAAACAGAAGCUAAUUCAGGAGUUGCGGGAAUGUGUGGACACCUACAGAAACCUGUUCAUAUUCUCGGUGGCUAAUAUGAGGAAUAACAAGCUGAAAGACAUCCGGACAGCGUGGAAACACAGCAGAUUCUUCUUCGGCAAAAAUAAAGUCAUGAUUAUUGCUUUGGGGAAAAGAGAUACAGAUGAAUACAAAGAUAAUUUGCACAAGGUCGGCAAGCAUCUGCGUGGAGAAGUGGGUGUACUAUUCACAAAUAAAACAAAGGAGGAAGUACAAGAAUAUUUCAGUCAUUUCAAAGAGGUGGAUUAUGCUCGCGCAGGAAACCAGGCUCAGAUGGAUGUGACGCUGGAUGAGGGACCCCUUGAACAGUUUACUCACUCAAUGGAACCCCAGUUGAGGCAAUUAGGGCUUCCUACUGCUCUAAAGAAAGGAGUGGUAACACUGCUGAAGGACUAUGAAGUUUGUAAAGAUGGGGACACGCUCACUCCAGAGCAGGCUCGUAUUCUGAAACUCUUUGGUAUUGAGAUGGCAGAAUUCAAGGUGCAGAUCAAGUGUAUGUGGAACUCAGAAACAGGCGAGUUUGAGAACUUCGCUGGUGAGGAAGAGUCUAUGCAGGAUGAGGAAGAUGAUAACGAUGAUGAAGAUGAUGCAGAAUGAAAUUUCUGCAAGGCGGGAGAAUUUUUAAGAAAAUUCCUGCUUUCAAAAGCAGACGGACAUUUCAUUUAGCUUUCAUCCUGACAGCCAGUGCUGCAGUCUGUAGUCUCUCUGGUCUUUUUAUACCUACAAAACAUGAACUUCUGUCCUUCAUCUUGAAUUUUAGUUUUGGACAAUGUGGACUGUAUUCAAAGGAUUAAAUCGUUUGUGAUGUCAUUGUUCUUCAAGUUCCCUCAGCACAGUGAGGGACUGAUAUUGUGUGGAAGUCCCUUUCCUUUCAAACACCAAUGUAAAUCACUGUUCAUGUUAAACCAACACUCAUGAAUAAUAUACACGUUUUGAUGAUGUGACAAAUUUAA